AUGAGCACAACAUCCGUUAUGCGCCAGAUAUGGCGCAUUCGCAUUACGAGAAGUGUAAGGACGAAGACCACUAGCGCGAUAGAAAACGUGCCAUUCGAAUUAGAUGCAUCUACUGAUGACAAGUACAAGACGUUCAAUAACAUGUACGUUGACAUGUUCACAAAGGCUGAUUUACCCGCAUACUCGACCCGAAAAGCGGAGACCAUGAGUGAACUUGAAGAGUUAAACAACGAGAUGAGCGAGCUAUACGAUAUACCAGUUCUUAAGCCGGGGGAACUCUCUACGAAGACGAAAAAAGAUGGUAGGUUUAUACUUCGUAGCACAUCUACGGACCCAUACUUCAACCUUGCACUAGAGGACUACAUCUUUCAGCAUAGUCCAUUAAAUCAAAGACAGGAUGUUAAUAAAAAGGAUUUGGCCACUGUUGGCAACGAGCGUUUACUCUUCUAUACCAAUGAUAAAUCCGUUGUUAUAGGUAAGAAUCAAAACCCAUGGAAAGAGCUUUAUCUCAGAAACAUUGCGGACCGUCAGUAUGAGUAUGUGCGUCGCAAGUCUGGCGGUGGCGCUGUGGUGCAUGAUUUAGGCAAUGUAAAUUACUCCUAUCUGACGUCGCGUGAGAGAUUUGACCGUUUAUUCUUCAACAAACAGCUUGUGCGUUGGCUCGCGCCGUAUAAUAACACUGUUCAACUCAACGAAAGAGGUGACAUCACCCUAGGGUCCAAGAAGGUGAGCGGCAGUGCAUUUAAAAUUGGAAAAGGUAAAGCCUACCACCAUGGAACAAUGCUUGUUUCAUCGGAUCUGGCACAAUUUUCCGGGUUGCUCAAGCCGAAAGACAUCCCGGGCAUUCGCUGGGAUUGCAGAAGUGUGGAAAGCGUAAGGUCGCAGGUUCAGAACUUACAGGGCCACUGUUUGGAUACAAUUGAUGAAUUUUGCCAAGUAGUUGUUUCUGGGUAUCGUCAAAUGCUCCAAGAAGACGUACCUUUAUACUAUUGUAACGAAUCGAGCGCUACAACCGAGAUACUUGCAUACGCUGAGGAACUUAAGAGCUUCCAGUGGAAGUUUAUGUCUAGUCCGAAAUUCACAGUCCACCUAGGGGAUAUUUCAAUUCUCGUGGAAAAGGGUAUUGUUAUCCAGAGUGACCUGCCCGGCACGACAGGCCUGACAUUUUACGAAUUCGUAAAUAAUCUCAAUAACAACUGUUACAAUAGCUUUAUAGACUAUAAACUCUAG